AUGGCACAUGCUGCACGGAGUAAAUCUUCAAUUGUUGAGACCAAGAUGCUCGAAAUCGUCACUCCAGCAGCGGUGACGCAGAAGCCGGCCGCUACCAGUUUUCACGUGUCCACCACCAAUUUUCCUUAUUGUCAUUUUUUAGGAGGCGCAAUAGGUGGCAUGGCAGCCGCGCUCCUCACAUCGCCUCUUGAGGUUGUCAAGACACGACUUCAGAUACGCGCUGGAAGCGGAUCCUUAAGUACCAUGACGACGUUUGGCGUUAUGCGCACCAUUGGACAAACCGAGUCGGUAUAUGGUCUAUGGAGAGGCAUCACGCCUACACUUAUCGGCAUCAUCCCGGCGCGUGCCAUCUAUUUCGGCUCAUACUCAACGUUAAAGGAAAAACUUUCCAGUGUCGGCUUAAACGGACGUCUGUACAAUUUUGUGUCAGCUGCGGGGGCUGGGUCUCUUUCAGCAACUUUGUGCUGUCCCAUUUGGGUUGUCAAAACGCGCCUACAGCUCAUGCCAGUGCAUACGAUAGGUGCUGCGAUGACACGCCGAAAUGUCUUAUCAGUAGGAUUUGCGGAAUUUGAGGCAGGAAUUGCAACGACGGCUAAACCACAGUUUACAAGUGUCCGUCAGGUCGCAUUUGACAUGUAUCGAAAAGAGGGUCCACGAGCGUUCUUUCGUGGAUUGUCGGCCUCAUAUUGGGGAAUAUCAGAGAGUGCAAUCCAGUUCGCUUUAUAUGAAGAGUGCAAAAAUCGCAUUGAAGAACCUUCGAGCUUCAAAUACUUUUUGACAGCUGGGGUUUGCAAGCUAAUUGCAUCUGUGUGCACAUAUCCUCACGAGGUGGUACGGACACGAAUGCGGGAUCAGCGCGUGCCACUUGAUUCGGAAAAGCUCAAAUAUAAAUCAAUGUUUCAGUCAAUUAUCAAGAUUUAUAAUGAGGAAGGGCGUCGCGGACUCUACUCAGGCAUGUCGGCGCAUUUGAUGCGUGUGGUCCCAAACGCUGCAAUAUUGUUCAUGGUUGUGGAGGCAGUCACCACUAAAUAG